AGUAUCCGAAACUGUUUCUAUGUUCAAAAUGGCGGACGAAGUUAUUUUGACAACUGAUAACGGGGACUAAAAUGGAAAAUUGCACGAUUAACAAAUCAUUAUUGAAUGAAAGUACCCUUAUUCGAGGAUGCUGAAUAUACCAUGCUAUUAAGAUCGCUGAUGGCUGCAGUAAGGAAAGGGCCAUCAGGGGCCUUGGAGAGAGUGCCUUCAGCUGGUACUAGAAAUAAACCUAUAGGUGCACCACUUAGAGCUAUUCACCCUAACAGUAGUCCAGUGUACAAGACCCAUUCAGAGUCGGCACUUACUGCAGGAUUAUCAAAACUGACUAUAAAUGACAAUAAAAAUAGGCCAGUUCAAAAGAGAGUACUAUCAGGUCGUGCAGGUACAAAUGGUUUGGUCAAACAUGUAUCAGAUGUAGCCGGACUGCUGCAGACAGAGGCUGUAAAAAAUGUUGUAAUUGUAGCUGGGGCUGGCAUCAGUACCCCAAGUGGUAUUCCAGACUUCAGGUCACCGGGUACGGGACUGUAUGACAACCUUCAGCAGUAUAAUAUACCAUACCCUGAAGCCAUCUUUGAUAUAGAUUACUUCUUUGUCAACCCUCGUCCAUUCUUCACCCUAGCGAAAGAGCUUUACCCGUCAGGAAAAUACCGACCUAAUUACAUACACUACUUUGUUAGACAGCUGUACGAUAAAGGUCUUUUACUACGCAUGUAUACACAAAAUAUAGAUGGGCUAGAGAGAUUGGCAGGAGUACCAGCAGAGAAGAUGGUGGAGGCUCAUGGGACAUUUGCUACAGCCACAUGUACUAUCUGUAAACAUAAAAUGGAGGGCUCGGAAAUAAAGGAGAAAAUCUUCUCAGACAAACUACCAAGGUGCCCUACACGAGGCUGUAUAGGAAUAGUAAAACCAGAUAUUGUGUUCUUUGGUGAAGAUUUACCACGCAAAUUUUACAGUUAUAUGAAGGAUAUGCUGCAAGCAGAUUUGGUUCUAGUCAUGGGAACAUCUUUAGAGGUUCAGCCAUUUGCUGGUAUUAUAGACACCGUACGAUUUAAUGUACCCAGAAUUCUGUUCAAUAGGGAAGCAGUUGGUCCAUUUAAAUAUCAAAGAAGAACUCAAGAUGUUGUUGUUACGGGUGACCUCAUAGACAACAUGGUGAAGUUUGCCACACAGGUUGGCUGGAAAGAUGACAUGGUAGAACUGAUUACAAAAAUGGAGGGACAAUUCACUAUUGAAACAAGGAAACGAUUACCCCCUAAAGGACCUUCUAAAUCAACUACAGGGAAGCAGUUAAACAAAAGCCCAGCAACCCAACCAAGUCAAAAUAGAGGUAACAGCUAUAACUAUGGGGCUAGGCGGGGACGACCUACUUUUAAUUUAUACGAUAGUAACUCUUCAUCAUCGGAAAGCUCAGAAAGUGAAAGUGAUGUCAGUUCCUCCGACUCUUCAGAGGAGGAGAACAAAAAAGGUAGAUUCAGGGGACUUAAUCGUGGGAAACUUUUAAAUAAUAAUAAUUUAAGAAAUGGUGCUAAUACAAGAAGUAACGGUGUUAGAAGUACAAGUGCAAAACUCACUGAUACAAAUAAUAAAAGAGAUUUACAUACUCAGAGAAACAUAAACUCCGGAAAAAAUUCUCCCGCAGGAAGUUUCACCGGAAGGAGUGUCAAAUCUGAGAGCUCAGUCAAUGCGUUGCUCACAAAAAGGAGACUGGAGAAUUCAAAAAAUGUUACGUCCACAUCAGAUAUAAGAACUAACGGAAAAUCUGACAAUGUUUUAACGCAGUCAAAGAACAACAUUCCACCAGUUGUUGAAAAACAGAAAGUGCAGCAGGCUGAGAGAGAAAAGGUGCUAAAGAAAUAUGGUUUAGGAUCUCAGUCAGCUCUCAAUAACAAUCCUACACUUAAUAAUCAAACCAAAAUUACCAAACUUUCACCAGAUACGAAUGUUUCUUCUAACGGGGCUAUAACACCAGUGGAGAAAAAUGUGCCAGUAGAUACUUUUGUGAAAGCUAAACCUCCUGUGAACAGAAAAGAUAAACCUUUGAAAACUGUGAAAAGUGACAGUCUCAUUGCAUGUUCUGGUUACUUUGUUGAAGAUGUUAAACUAAAGAAACCUGUUAAAACCAAUGCUUUUGAAAACGAAAGCGAAGAAAAGACGUUUGGAUUCAAAGGUGAUAGUAAGAAAGAAUUUGAAGAAUCUGUCAGGGUAGCAGAAAUGGAUGCUUACAUAUCAAGUGAAAUAGAAACAUUCAGGAAACAGAAAAAUGCAAAGCAUUUAGAGAAAAGGGAUAUCAUAAGGUUGACCAGAGAAGAAGGUGAUGAUAGGGUUGAAAUUGAUAAACAAGAAUCACCUGGUUUUAUAAGAGAAACACCUAUAAAAUCACAGUCAUUCGAAAAUGGAAUUAAACAAGACUAUUUAGAGCAAGAAGGCUUAAUUAAUGAUAAUGAAAGCAAAACUGAAAGUGAUCAAGAAAAUCUUUUGGUAGCUAAUAGUGAUAAAAAAUUUGAAGAUGAGCCGGAAAAUCAGAAAGUUGUAGAACAUAACAGAUGGAAGAAGGAGACUUCAGCGAGGGAUAAGGUGUUACAGUUACUGGAUAAGAAAGUGAAAGGUCCUAUUGAAAUUAACAGCUGUGCAAGCUCAGUGACUAGCAGGAAUGACAGCAGAAAUGAUAAAGGGUCAAAGGUGCUUUCAGAAAAAGCUGCAAAAUCCUUUUCAAAGUAUGCGAAACUAGCAUCAGGCAAGAAAGGGAAAAAGAAACAUGGUAAGAAACACAGAGUAAGUCAAAAAGACAGUCCUUCACCUGGAGCUAAGACUGGUAAAGCUUUGUUAAAAUCUGUGAACUCUCGCCCUUAUGGGUAUGCACAUAGACAAGCAAAUGUUGUAAAAGGCGUUGGCCCUUUCCAUCGGAUAAAUAAACGAACUUUAAACAGUGCCAUUGAACAACCGCUAUCAGUUUUAACACCAAGGUCAGGUUCUGCUGAUUUACCAAAGAUAAGUUAUCGGCACCAAAUUCAGCCAACUCCUACAUUUGAUACUCGAAAUAUUACUCAAAGGAACAGUAUGUUGGUAUCUCCAGAUUUAGGAAUCAAUAUUCCAGAAGAACAGAGAUGAUGAAAGUAUAACUUUAGAAUUUCAUAUACUUCAUUUUAGAAGCAGUGUAGAUAAAUUUGAAUUUUCCAUAUAAUAUGGAACAUUAUAAGUCAUAAAAAUCAUCAUAUUAGAAUUAGUUUGUGAAAUUUAGUUUAUACUUUAUAC